AAAGCUUUUUUGCGAUAUGCUUUCUUGAUCUACAAUGAUGAAGAAAUUAUUUCAUGAUGCAAAUUAUGUUAAAUAUUUUUGAAAUAAUAUAUAAAUUUUAUUUUUAAAACUUUUAACACUUUUAUGUGAAAUUUUCAUACCUCCUGAGUUGUGGCUGAAUUUGUUGUGCCAAUAAAUUCGUAUAAAUCUCGAUCUAUCAAGUGAUCCAUUUUUUUCUGUGUUUAUAAAUCUGUCACGUAUAUACUUCAAAUAAUAAACACGUUUGAACAUUUGGCUUGGUUUCACAAGAGGUUAGGUACUUCUGUAUUCAUUAUUACGUUUAACUUGAUUUUAUUUCUAUAUUAUAUUAAUUCUUAUUUAGAAGGAAGUGAAACAGAAGAACAGCUACAAUUCUUCUAUUUAACUGAAUUAUGAAUUUAUUGUAAAAGAGUAAUAUAUCUAUUAACACAUUGACUACUACGAUGAUAACCGAUGAUCAACUUUAUCAAAUUUUAUUUAAAUCAUUACGAUGAAUUAAAUAUCAUUCAUUUUCUUGUAACUAAAUAACAGUAUAAAGAAGAAAGUCUGGCACAGAAUAAUUCAUAAUUUUUAAGAAUAUUUAUCUUUCCUACGAAUAAAUAUGUUUAUUGGCGGGAAAGUAAAUUACAUGUGUAAAUAUUUAUUAGGAGCCUUUGAUUACGUAUUAACAUAUUAUGCAUAUAUACAUAAUUAUGUACGUAUUUGUGCACGUUCAAUGUUUAGAAGUGUUACAUAAACGUUACAAAGUGGAAAUAGAAAAAAAGAAUUACCAGUAAUCUUGAUUCUACAAAAAAUUGAAUAACAUCGGAAAAAUGUUUAGUAAUGUAAUGAUUGAUAAAGUUUUGCCAAGAUUUGUAAGACAAACUCGCUUUAAACAUAUUUUGCAACAGACAAAACCGUGGUGUAAUAAUGUAAACACUAAAAUUGAGAUCAGUACCAUGACUGAUAUGAAGGAACCUUCCUUCAUGGGAUUACAAAUGAAUUUUACAGAUAAACUUCAAUUUUUUAAUAAAGAAAAUUACAAUGCUUUACCUAUAUUUAGAAUUUUAAAUUCAUCUAAACAAAUUCAAUUACCUAAGGAGUAUGAGGUAAAUGAGCAAACAUUGACUAAAAUGUAUAAUACGAUGCUUACUUUAAGUAUAAUGGACAAAAUUCUGUAUGAAUCUCAAAGGCAAGGACGUAUAUCAUUUUAUAUGACUAGUACUGGUGAAGAAGCACUUCAAAUUGGUUCUGCUGCUGCUCUUACUUUAGAAGAUAUUGUAUAUGCACAAUACCGUGAAGCUGGUGUUUUAUUGUGGCGUGGUUAUUCUCUUAUGGAUGUUAUGAAUCAGUGUUAUGGUAAUCACAAAGAUCCUGGAAAGGGAAAACAAAUGUCUGUUCAUUAUGGAUCAAAAAAAUUGAACUUUGUCACUAUUUCUUCACCCCUGACAACACAAUUGCCUCAAGCUGUAGGUACAGCUUAUGCUCUUAAACAGUCUAAGACUAAAAGUUGCGUAGCAUGUUACUUUGGUGAAGGAGCAGCCAGUGAAGGAGAUGCUCAUGCAGCCUUUAAUUUUGCAGCAACCUUGGAAUGUCCAGUUAUUUUCAUAUGUCGAAAUAAUGGUUAUGCCAUUUCAACUCCUACUCUGGAACAAUUUAAAGGUGAUGGGAUUGCAGCAAGAGGUCCAGCUUAUGGGAUUCACUCAAUUCGCGUAGACGGCAAUGAUACUCUUGCUAUGUACAAUGUAAUGAAAGCUGCUCGUCAAUUUUGUAUCGAGGAAGGAAAACCUGUUUUAAUCGAAGCUAUGACCUAUCGAGUAGGUCAUCACAGUACAUCUGAUGAUAGUACCAGAUAUCGUUCGGAUGACGAAGUAGCUCAGUGGAAUUGCAGUUUACCGAUAGGAAAAUUCCGCAACUAUUUAGAAUCCAUAAACCUUUGGUGUGAAAAACAAGAACAAGAGUCACACGACUCCAUAAAGAAGUCUAUUUUGCAUGCAUUUACAUGUGCAGAAAAGGAACUGAAACCUUGUUGGAAAGAAUUAUUCACAGAUGUAUACCACACAAUGCCAAAACACAUUAAAAAACAAUUAAGUUCCAUGGAAGACCAUGUUAAUGAGUUUCAUGAAUAUUAUCCAUUAGAGUCUUUUAAAUCAACCUAACAAGGUAAAAUAAUGGUAACGAUUGAAUUAUAUACAUUCCUCAUUUGGUACUAAAAAUUUUAUAUUUCUUCUAUUAAUAGAUAAUAAAA